AUUGGACAGAGCUCCCCCCGAAGACUGAAGUCGACCCCACCAUCUUACCAUCCCGCAAAGCUAGCCCCGAUGGUUCUGUGUCUACACGGCACGGCGAAAGUCGCCCGACUGCUUGUGUGUUCAUGCUGGCCGGAGUAAUUCUAACGCGAGGUUCGUGGCGUGGGAUGCCGGGUUAUGACCUCGAUGUUCCCCCGCGUACAUAGCUAGUCACUAUUCCGAACGUUUUCUCUACUCUUACCUGACGUUCUCAUCUCGUUCCUCUUGCUCUCUCACAAGGUGUCACUCAUUCUUAAUCGAUAAUCACACCUGAAGCUCAUCAUGGAGGACCCCAAAACCGGCCUCGUGCUGGGCUACAAUGGCGCCCACCCCUUCUCCAAAGUAAACCUCACAGACAGGUCCUCCGUCCAAGAGCUCCUCCGCACCCUCCUCGACCCCCUCGAGCCCUUCUUCUCUCCCCAGAAAGCCCGCGUCAAGGUCCCCGGCGCCACCGCCGUCCGCUUUGACCAGGCCGCCUCUGAGGUCGAGGGCAUCCUCCGCCCCAUCUGGGGCCUCGCGGCUCUCUUGGCCGGCGGGGGAGAGUAUCGCGGCACCGAGUGGUGGAUCCAGGGCAUCAAAGCUGGUACCGACCCCGAGAACCCAGAGUACUGGGGGUUUCCCCGGGAUAAUGACCAGCGCAUGGUUGAGAUGUGCCCUUUUGGCUUCACUCUCGCCGUAGCACCAACUAUCUGGGAAAGUCUAUCCGAAAAGGAGCGUGUGAAUGUCGAGAACUGGCUAGGCAACUCAAUCAACGAGAAGAACAUGCCAAACACAAACUGGCUCUGGUUCCGCGUCUUCGCCAACCUAGGCCUCAAGAAGAACGGCGGCAAGUUCUCACAGGCGCGCCUCGACGCAGACAUCAAGCACCUCGACACCUUUUACCGCGCCGGCGGCUGGUCCAACGACGGACCGGAGGGCAUCCACCAGAUGGACUACUACUCCUCCAGCUUCGCCAUCCAGUUCCUCCAGCUCCUCUACGCCAAGAUCGCCGGCGACGACGAGCCCGAGCGCGCCGCCGAGUUCCGCAAGAGGGCGCAGCUGGUCGCCCUCGACCUCGCCCACUACUUUGACGAACAAGGGCGCGCCAUCCCCUUUGGCCGCAGCGUCGGCUACCGCUUCGCCAUGGUCUCGUUCUGGGGCGCCCUCGCGUACGCCGGCGUCGAGCUGCCGGAGCCCCUGACGUGGGGUAUGGUCAAGGGUAUCGUGAUGCGUCACCUGCGAUGGUGGCAGACGCAGCACGACAUGUGGAGCCCGAGCGGGACGCUGACGGUUGGGUACUCGUACCCAAACAUGUACAUGGCUGAGAACUACAACAGUCCCGGGAGUCCUUACUGGGCCUGCCUAGCCUUCAUCUGCCUCGCAGUCCCCGAAGACCACCCCUUCUGGACAUCAAAGGAAGAACAGGCCUGGGACGUGAUCCCCAAACUCAAGCCCCUCUCGCAGCCAGGCCACAUCAUGAGCAACAUUGGCGGCCACUGCAUGCUCCUCUCCUCCGGCCAGGCCUGCAGCUACCCCAUGAAGGGAACCCACGCCAAAUACGGCGCCUUUGCCUACUCGAGCGCCUACGGCUACUCCGUGCCCCCGGGCCUAUUCUCCCUCGAGCAGUACGCCCUCGCCUCGCAGCUCGGCCUCUCGGACGACGGCGGCGAGUACUGGAAGACGCGCCGGCUUUCGCAGUACGCCGGCAUCGAGUCCAGAGACGGCAGCGGGCCGGUCCUCGUCUCCGUGUGGAAGCCCUUCUCGGACGUCGAGAUCAAGACCAUCCUCGUGCCCCCCGCCGAGGCUACGCCCAACUGGCACCUGCGCAUCCACCACAUCAAAGCCGGCCGCGACGUCAUGACCGCCGACGGCUCCUUUGCCAUUGCCAACGAGAACUCGACAAACGGGCGGUACCUCGACCUCUACGACGCAGCCAAGGGCGAGGGCACAUCCCCCAAGAUCAUUGGCAACUACGACACAAACACGCCCGAAGGGCUCGCAAGGGGCCAAGACGGUUCCUUUGCCGUGUCCAAGGGUGCCGUGGGCAUAAAGGCGUUGGAAGGCGCCCGCAUCGAGCGGACGGCGAACCUCGUCAACGCCGAUCCCAACUCCAACCUCGUCGAGAGCCGCACCACCAUUCCGACGCUCCAGCACACCAUCAAGAAGGGCGAGGCGGUCUGGUACGUGACCGGUAUCUACGCCAAGCCGAGCGGUGAGGGCAUCUCCAGGCAGAGCUACCUCGACGGCUGGGAACAUCCGCCUGCGAUCCCAGCUUGGCUCGAGGAAGAGAUGAGUAAAUCAUGAAAGGGGUGAUUGGAUCUUUUUGGGUCAGUGUAAAUACAUUAAUGGGCGUAUGAAUAUCCAGCAGGGUAAAAGAAAAAAAGAGUUUACCACCGGUGUGGCUACAUCUCCUGGUGCACUUGCUGGGAAUUGGACUCGAGCUCGGAGCCUGUCGUCGAGUAGGCUGUGGGCGUAAUUUGAUUAGUGACCGUAAACCACUCCACCACCCAGCCAGUUUGACCUGACCCGUCGACCUAGACGGGCGCCUGCUGGCUGGUGACAGGAAUGGGAUUGUUGGGACCUAUGUGGGCUCUCCCCCCCCCUCUGUCCGUGUAGUAUUCAUCCGAAAAGCAGGAGUAGUCACCAGACCCACCUUUGAUAAUGGCGUAGAUGUAGACAGAGAUUUGGGGUGAUGAGAUGGGAAAGUUUGUGAUCUUCCUUGUGCAGGUGCUGUGUUUACUCAUGUAGCCAAAGUAUUCGACCCUAAUUCGAUCAUGCUGUCUGGUGGCCAUCUAGCCUACGUCCUUAGGAAGUGUGCCUAUGUAAGGUUCGGUCUGUCUCCUAAAAAGCAUCGGGUACGGCGAUGUCGCCCGGUAGACUGACGGCAAAGAUUAGCUCCAGGGCUUCAUGCAAGAGCUCUAUUAUUAUCGUAGAGUUGGACGUGGCUGGCCAUGCAUGCACCUUCAAGUACCUCGAUCUACAUCUUCACCCACGCGGUACGCCGGUUUCACUUUGAACUGUAAAGCGCACUUCGGCUAUAGUAAC